CACGCCGGGGCGGUGACCGGAUCAUUGGCCCCCUAUAAAUGCCCAACGGCCGGACCAACCCUCUUCGGACAAAGCACCUAUUUUCCCCUCACCAAGUUAUCGUUUCCUUCUCCUCUCUCUCUCUCUCUCUCUCUCUCUCUCUCUCUCCCCAGUCCGGGAGAUCAAGGCCUCGCUCCAAGACUCUAUCGGGAGGCAUUAUGGCUAGCAAACGCAUUCAGAAGGAGCUUCAGGAUCUGCAAAGGGAUCCUCCAACGACAAGUAGUGCUGGGCCUGUUGGGGAGGAUCUGUUCCACUGGCAAGCAACAAUUAUGGGUCCUGUUGACAGCCCCUAUGCUGGGGGAGUGUUCUUUGUCAUGAUUCAUUUCCCUCCCGACUAUCCAUUUAAGCCUCCAAAAGUCAACUUUCAGACCAAGGUUUACCAUCCAAAUAUCAACUCCAAUGGCAGCAUAUGCCUCGACAUCCUCAAGGAACAGUGGAGCCCUGCGCUGACCAUUUCAAAGGUUCUCCUUUCCAUUUGCUCUCUUCUGACCGACCCGAACCCAGAUGACCCUCUUGUCCCUGAGAUUGCCUAUGUUUACAAGAACCAGAGAUCCCGUUUUGAGGAGACAGCCAGAGCAUGGACCCAGAAGUAUGCCACGGGCUAGCUGAUGGGCUUGCAAACGCAACUGGGAGAGCUUUCGUUUCCAAGGACUAAAACCAGACUAUGUGCUAGUUUAAAUGGUACAACAUAUGGUUUUGUUUAUCGACGUUGAAGCUAUUCAACUUUGUGCGCGGGUGUGUCCUCUGUACUUAAUUUAAAACUCUCAACAAGUUAUGCAGCUCUCUCUGCAUCCAAACCGCGAAUUUAUAACGUUAAAAGCUGUUUCCAAGCAUGGAAUGUUUGAUGGUGCUGCCAAGUUGUGGAUUAAUUUUCUAGAGAUGGUGUCGUGUCUGAUUGUUGGGUUGGUAAAACCUUAUGAUGCCUCGGUACAUGUUCAGUCAUUGCAUACAAAUGGUCUUACGGAUUA